CCGGCAAAAAUAAAUAUGUCUAACAAAAAGCACAAGGAAAUAGAUCACGAGGAGAGCGAGAGCGAGAGCGAAAGCGAAGAGCGGGAUUAUGAGAAAGAAUCUGAUUUGGACUCCGAUGGGAACUUCGUGGGAGACACGGAAAUUCAAGCAGACUUUGAAGGCCGCAACCCCGAGGACUGUGACUUCCAUGGCAUAAAGCAACUACUGAGGCAACUGUUCCUCAAAACUAAUGUGGACUUGGGGGCACUUACGGAAAUUAUAAUCUCUCAAAAUUACAUAGGCAGCGUGGUGAAGCAGUGCCUAGAUGACCCUGAUGAUGAUGAUGAUGAGAAUGACGGCAGCGAUGGAGUGUUUGGGGUCACCACUGUCAUUAACAUCACUAAGAGAAAGCAAGAGCCAGCGAUAAAGCAAGUCACAGCACUCCUACUCCAGCUUGCAGAGGAAAAUGCUAAAGACGAUACCAAAGCUCUCAUCAAAAAGAUCCUGUCCGAUGACGCCAACCAUGUCGGCUUUGUGAUUAAUGAAAGAAUCCUGAACAUUCCCGCAGCCAUCAGUGUGCCCCUGUUCUCUUCUCUUCAGUCAGAGUUGGACAAGGCCAUCCAAAAGAAUAUGCCGUACACAUUCCAGUACCUCAUAUGGAUAUGCAAAACGUACAACAUUGGAGAAGACGCAUCGGAAAUAUUGUAUGCGAAUCAAGAAGAGAAGCCGCUAGAGGACGAAGCGCUGGCGAGGUUCGAUGUGGACGUGUCGGAGCAGGUCGAAUUAUCGCAGUGGGACUACGAAGGCGGCGCCAUGACGCCCGGCAGAAGGAUCCUCAUAUUCGAAGGCAAAAAGUUCAACGACCUCGUGAGGCUGAUAAAAGAGGAAGUGGAGUCGGGUCCCGUCUUUUAA